AUGUGGCCAGAAUUUUUCAGUGCAUUAAACAAAAAGUUUCAACUCAUCAACACCCAUCUCACAUUUUUAUCUUCGUUCUCGCGCCAGACUAUCCCGACUCUUGACCUUAUACAGAAGCUUGACAAUGAUAUAUCGGCUCUAGAUCUACAGAUGAUCAAGCAAUUGUUUCCUCCAGGCGAUGUAUCAUUUGGCUACUUUGAUGAAAGUCAAAUUUUGCUUCAACAUGUCGAGAAAGUCCAGUACUCAGGCGAAAAGGGCUACAAGGCCAGUCAGCCAAAAUCCAUAGAAGACGCGUAUAAGCAGGUGGCUGAACAGCGGGAGGAUAUGGAUCAUGAAAAGCAAUUGCUUGUUUUUGAGUUCUGUGACGUAAGGACAAACGCUAUCACAGCAAUAAUAAAGGGAAAACGAACGUAUCCAUCCAAGAAAUUGAAAACGCUGUCGCCCUCAGGACCGGAAUUUUUUCAAGCGUCCAAAUCUAUGGAUCUAGCGCUGUUAUCUCAGGCUCAAUUGCAGGCUAUUAUUAUGGCUCGAAACGAUCGCUUUCGUGUCUUCAUUCAGGAGCAUUUGGAUCAAUUCACUGAGGCUGAAAUCGAAGAGGGUAAGGCAUUUAAAAAUUUAGUAGAACAAUGUUCCCCUAAUAUUCCUAAACCUUGGGGAUAUGUGGACCCUGUUCUCAACAUGGAGUCCAAAGUGAUUGGGCCUAAUUGUGAUAGAACAGAGAAACCUACCGCCGAGGAAAUGUUGCAGUCAUUACGCGAGAAGCCAUUGUACAAAGAACAAAUCAAGCUUCUGCAAACUUGGACGGAACAACGUGAUGCACACUAUGAGACUCUCGCUUCUCAGUCCAUAAACCCUGCAUUGGUUGAGGCCCUAUGGCGCUAUAAAGAAAUUGACAUCGAUGACGGCGGUCUUUAUUGCCAUCAAUCUAGGGCUCUCUCUUCAAUAAUAGAUCAUGCAAAACAUGUGAUUGUGAGUACUUCUACGAGCUCGGGAAAGUCUUUGAUCUAUCAAAUUCCGAUUCUAAAUGACAUCCUCAAUAGUUGCUCUGCAGACUUGAACCGGAGAGUCUCAACUGCACUUCUUAUAUUUCCGACGAAAGCCUUAGCACAAGAUCAACUCAGACAUUUCAAAGAAUUAAUCUCAUACCUACCAGAUCAGAAACGGAAGAUAAUUGUUGAUACAUAUGAUGGCGAUACCUCAAAAAAAGACCGGCCAUACAUACGAAAUUAUGCAGACAUAAUAUUUACGAACCCUGACGCGAUUCAUGCUGCCAUACUACCCUCUCAUUCGGAAGAGACAGGGCCGAGGGGUUGGAAUGAUUUUCUUCUGUGCUUAAGGUAUGUCAUUGUUGAUGAACUCCACGUUUACAAGGGGAAUUUUGGUGUUCAUGUCUCUUAUGUGAUGGCUAGACUCAACAGGAUGCAUCAAUACAUAAGUCGAAAGGAUUCUGCGCCCGUAUACAUUUCGUGUUCAGCGACAAUCGAGAAUCCUAACUCACACUUCCGAACAAUCUGUGCCAUUCCUGCCGAAGAAGAUGUGGUGCAUAUCUCAGUUGAUGGUAGCCCCAGUACUGAAAAGAAGCUCGUAGUAUGGGAGCCGCCGAUUCUUAUGAAUAAGAAGGGUCAAAGAGAAAUUCCUCAAAAGACUUUGAAGCUGGCAACGACUUUGGAAAAUCCUAUUCAAUCCGUCUAUUUACCCAAGGAAAGCAUCAUAUCGGAGCUGGCAAAAAUUCUUGUUCACCUUCUUUGCUACUGGCCCACAAUCAAAGUAAUUGUAUUUUGCCCCAUAAGAGUUGUUUGUGAGCUAUUAACCAAGGAAGUAAAGUCACUCAUUGCAGACCCUGAUUAUCCUCAGUGGUCCAAUUUGAGCGAACAUGAUGUAAUGGCUUACCGCGGUGGCUAUUCUAAGUCGGAUCGGCGAGCAAUCGAACAAAAGAUGUUUAAGGGACAGCUUAGAGCUAUUGUGGCCACAAAUGCUCUAGAGUUGGGUAUAGAUCUUUCCGACUUGGAUGUCGUAAUUUCAUGUGGAUUUCCGCAUCUGAAAGCCAAUUUACAUCAACAAUUUGGGCGUGCUGGAAGAGGCAAAAGCUCUAAAGGAAGUCUCGCAAUCUUAGUUUGUGGCUCCAAUCCCGUCGAUAGAUAUUACUUACAAAACUGUGAGGAUCUUUGCGAUAAAAGUAGCUAUGAGGAUUUGUGCGUGGAGGGGUUAUUGGAUGGGACUUCCAAUCAUAUAGUGAUGUCUAUGCAUUUGCAAUGCGCGGCAUUCGAAUGGCCAAUUGAUCUUGAGAAAGACAUUAAGUGGUUUUCUCCACGCGACAAUCCUCGAGUGAAUGAGACUUUCUACCAGAUAUGCAUUGAUAAACUUAUGGUUGACAAACGCGGCACCUACCGUACUGAUCCAAGAUAUUUACCCUGGCCAGCAGAAAAAGUCUCUCUACGAGCUAUAGAACUGAACAUGUUUGCAGUUGUUGAUGUCACAGCGAAUCGAAACCAGGUUAUCGAAGAGGUCGAGGAGCUGAGAACAAGUUUCACCCUCUACGAAGGUGGUAUCUUUUUGCAUCAAGGGCUACCAUACCUUGUUAAGGAGUUCAAUCCUGAAAAAAAAUAUGCAAAGGUCGAACGUGUCAAAGUUUCUUGGGUUACCCAGCAAAGAGAUUUCUCGGAUGUUGAUCCAAUAGAAAUUGAAUUGGUCAAGCAGUUGAGUAUUUCGGCGAAGGUUGGGCAAACUGAUGUGCCUGUGUUUUAUGGUAAGAUUCAGAUCACCACCAUUGUCUUCGGUUUUUUCAAAGUGAGUCGAAGUAUGGAGAUAUUGGAAGCUGUGGAAGUUAACAAUCCACCUGUUGUUUUCAAGUCGAAGGGAUUCUGGAUGGAAGUGCCCAAUAAAGCUAUAGAAGCCAUAAAGCAGAAAUCAUUAAAUCCUGCUGGCGCAAUUCAUGCCGCUCAACAUGCAAUCAUGAACGUUUUACCCAUUUACAUUACAAGCGGAGCAACAACCCGGCACAAUGAUCGCUGGGCUCCUGGUGCUGCUGAUGCUGAAAUCUCUACUGAAUGCAAAGCACCGGAGAAAGAAUUCGCGAAGCGCCAAUCGACCAGAAAAAGACCCGCCAGGCUUAUCUUUCAUGAUACUAAGGGAGGUGAACAAGGGACCGGUAUAUCUGCAAAGACCUUUGAGUACAUAGACCAAAUCUUGGUAAAAACUUUUGACACCGUUUUCCUGUGCGAAUGUGACUGGGGUUGCCCACUGUGCGUUGCUGGCUCCUUUUGCAAGGAGUUGAUGUUGGUAAUGUCAAAACCCGGAGCUAUAAUUGUUCUCGGGUCCAUUUUAGGAAAAGAUUUACAAGAGUUAUUGGAUACUGUCAAGGAUGGACCAGAGCCAAAUAUGCCAAAAAUUUCGACGGAGACGAUUGCUGAUCGGAGUCAGAUGGUGAGGAUGUCACCAAAGGUAGAAAUCAUACUUGAGGAGCAGAAGGGAGAGUCAUAG